CUCGUUUCAUUCAAUCAAACCGGCACUCUUUGUGUCCACUUGUCUAUCGCAUUGUCGAGCUCGACGUGUCGAAUCCCCAUCACCAGCUCGACACUCGCGACAUGGCCCCCAUCUCCUCACGCCCCAAGACCAUGAAGGCUGUGGUCCUCAAGCGCGCUGGCGUCGUCGCCGUCGAGGACGUCCCCAUCCCCCGUCUCCAGGCCGACACGGACGUGCUUAUCAAGGUACACGUCGCGGGCCUCUGCGGCUCUGAUCUCCACUACUACCGCGGCGAUGCCGACGACGGGUCGUUUGUCAUGGGCCACGAGGUUGUCGGGACGAUUGUCGAGGCCGGGUCCGAGGUCAAGCAGUUCCAGGUCGGAGAUCACGUCAUCUCGCCAUUCUCCGUGUCGUGUGGGAGCUGCUUCUACUGCGACAAGGGUUACACAUCACGGUGCACCUCAAACUUCUGUCUUACCGGUGGACAGGCCGAGUACUUUCGCCUCCCUCUCGCAGACAGCAUGCUGUUCCCCUUCCCCGAGGGCCUGCCAGAGGACGUGGCGCUCCUCAUGACCGACAUCUUGCCGACCGGGUACUCGUGCGCGUACAACGCCCGACGACUGCUUGACGAGGACGCAGACGCACCUUGGUCACUCGCGGAUCUCAAGGCCGGCAAGGUCAAACCGGCAGGGGUCGCCGUAGUGAUCGGCUGCGGGCCUGUGGGGCUGUGCGCCAUCUCGAGCGCCAAGACACUCUUCGAGACCGUGUACGCUACGGACCUCAACACCGCGCGACUGUCCGCGGCUGAGAAGCACGGCGCGAUAGCCCUGCCGGCCGCACAGCUCAAAGAUGCCGUCUUGGCCGCAACGGACGGCCGAGGAGCCGACGCCGUCCUCGAGGUGGUAGGGCAUGGGGCGGCGCUCAACGCCGCAUUUGAGUACGUGCGACCAUACGGCGCGGUGUCAAGCGUCGGCGUGCACAACCUCAAGUUUGAGAUUGACGGGGACACGCUCUACUCGAAGAAUGUGCGGAUGCAGUUCGGCCGCUGUUCGGUGCGCACGUUCUUCCCGCUCGCGCUCGAUGUGCUCAAGCGCGACAUUGAGCUGUUCACGCGCUUUGUCGAGCACAAGGUCGGGAUCGAGGAGGCGGGCGAGUACUACAAGCUCUUUAACGAAGGGAAGAUUAACAAGACCGUGUUUGUCAUGGACUAGAUAGAGAACGCAGGGAUGCUAGUUGUCACGUUCUGAG